AUGUGCCUCAAACGCCAUCGAAAACCGAUAUCUUGUUUGUGGAAGUGGCUUGACAUGGAUUUGACCACCAAAUACAUACUGGAAUCCUUCGAUCUCCAUGUGCUCAGCUCAACUUGUCAACAGACCAUGAGUAUGUGUCGAAAAGAUCUCAACUACACUUGUCUACGAUUCAAUCAAUGUGGACGUAUAUAUAUUCAGAUGUCGACUUUCGAUGUGACAGUAUUGGAAGGAACGACCCUCGUUGAUGCCAACACAGUCAUUGCCAAAAGUACAACUAUUGGUUUGUCUGGUCCGACGAGUAUUCUUGUCAACAAAACAGUGGAUAGUUCCAUCCUCGUGGUUGGCAGCUCUGGUGGACAAAUCGUCAGCAUGCAAGUUGUAUCUCCAGUACCGAAGGUAAUUGCUGAUGUCGAAGGAUCUUCAGGUACCGCGACAAAUAAGUUGCAUUGUCCAUAUAGGAUCGCAGUUGAUAGUAUUGGUAAUAUGUAUGUUGCCGACAGUCAAAACUAUCGAGUGAUGCGUUAUGCUCCCAAUAUCACGUCGGGGGUUAGGACUGCCGGUACAAGCGCAAUGGUUAGCAAUUCUGUUUCUCUGAGUCGACCGUAA